AUGACUGCUGUCGCUCCCCCUCCGAACUUCCAACCGAUUCCUCGCGCAGGAUGGUCGAGUGCUAAUGGUGGUUCCAACGGCCUGAAUGCCAUGAGCGCCGACGAAGUUUCGCGCAUGCUCAUGCCCCGAAAAAGUGCCCAACGAUCCAACUCGACAUCGUCCAUCACUUCCUCCGCCUCUUCGUCCUCAACUGUCUCCGCUACUGCCGUUCAACCCAACGGAGUGCUGCCAAAUGGCGAUUGGAGCGUGCGAAGAAAACCGGGGAAGGGGCUAUGGGCUCCUUCCAAAGCCGAGCCUGUAUCGGAAUUGUCGAAUCCGAGAAUGCAACCCGUAGCAUCAACCGCCGGCCCAUCUGCUACGUCGAGCAUAUCGGCUCUACAGCCGCCUUCUAUGGUUCCCUCAUCGCUUCCACCUUCUCCCCUCCUCCAACCACAUACCGCGACAGGAAAACCGCGGGUCCCAGAACGCGCCGAACACACUCCUAUACUCUACCUGACUCCGAUGAACGGGACCUUUGAACGGAAGACCAUCACCCUCCCAUUCUUUCCGGACGUGGUUCGCAUUGGACGGCAAACAAACCAGAAGACUAUACCAACCGCGACCAAUGGCUACUUCGAUUCGAAAGUGCUGUCGAGGUCACAUGCCGAGAUCUGGGCGGAUCGAAAUGGCAAGGUUUUUAUUCGCGAUAUCAAAUCGUCCAAUGGAACCUUUGUGAACGGUUCGCGGCUUUCUCCAGAGAAUAAAGAAUCCGAUCCUCACGAGUUGAGGGAGCAAGAUGUGCUGGAACUGGGUAUCGACAUUGUUAGCGAUGACCAGAAAACCGUCGUCCACCACAAGGUUGCCGCUCGAGUGGAGCAUGCAGGUUUCUACAGCACCGCGAACAGCGUGUUAGACCUCAAUUUCGGGGACCUCGAUCCAAGCACGUCGGGCUCUUUGAUCAGCCCGUCGCUGGGUCAAACGAUUGGGCAGAUGCGCGGUCGCUCUGGAAGUCAAGGUUCAAUUGGAAAUCGCCCAGGCUCGGCGGCAAGCAUGGCGGGGAGUAACAUGUCGUAUGGCCAACAACGACAACACUUCUGGCUUGCACCCAUCACAAUGGAUCAAAUAGUCAAGAAAAUCAACGCCGAGUUCAAACAAGCCAAACAGCAGUCCACCGAUCUGCAAAGAACCGGCCAGUAUCUCGAGAGUGUUCUUGUUGAACCAAAGAAGGAAGGAAACCGAAGCUCACCGACUGGUCAAAACAAAUACAUCUCUGUCAAGGGUGAUAUCAAAACUCGAUUUUCCGAUCCGCCUGCUCCUCCGCCACAACAACCCUUACCCGAGAAACCAGACGUUGCUCGUUCCAGCGCCGACUCCCUACCUCCACCUCCCCUGCGCCGAACUGACACCGAAAAAUCACCACCGAAAUCGCCACCGAAGCCACAUAUGAACGGAGGGCCCUUGCGAGCAGACAUGUCCGAUAAAGGCGAGGUUUCCAAACUAGUCGAAGCACUCAAUACCGCCAAACGGGAACUGGAUAAUCAAAACAUUCGACUGAAAGACCUUGAAGAGCUUCUCGCGCACGAGCGGCAGGCGAGGGAGAGUGCCGAAGAACGUGCGCAGAGGCUAGAAAUCGAGAAGACUACACACGUGCCAUCACCCUCAGCUGAGCCGGACAUCGCGACACCGGAGGUCGAUGGAGAUAUCGAUGCUACAUCGAAAGAGCAAACGUUGACCGAAUCGACCACGAGCGCGGCUCAGGAACCAGACAGCUCCUUGCAUUCUCGCCUUCAACAACGCCUGGAAGCGAUGAUGUCCGAAUUGACUGAAACGAAGAAUCAAGCCGAAUUGUUCCGCAAGCGUGCCGAAACUGCUGAGAAAGAAAGUGCCAAUGACCGCCAGUCCUUGCAAGAGAUGGUCGAAAGGAUUCGACGAGAGGACGCCGAGCGAGAGGCCAGAAAAAACGACCCCAAGGACGAGCAACGAAAACCGAAGCUCGUCAAACGUCUUAGUGGUGGAUCAGGUUGGCUGAAGAGUCCCCUUGAACUCGAAGGAGCCCAGCACGAAGGCAACACCGCGGAGACAGCAAACGGAACGCUCAUCCACUCACGACCAUCAUCGUCCAGCUCAUCCAAGUCCCUCGAAAUUGAAGCCGCCGAAGUUGCUGCCGAAGUGGUGAAGAAAAUCGGGCUUCAGAACGGCUCUGCGCUGACGGCGGGGCACGUCGAGCAGCAGCUGGAGCAGGCGGUGGGCCAGGUGCUGGGGGGCCGGCCCUGGUUGAUGAAGGGCUCCAAUUGGGACAAUGCCGAAAGCGCUACGCCAUACGCGAGCAUGCUCGGGGUGGUUCUGAUCGGGGUGGGACUGAUGGCGUGGAUGAACAACUGGCAGAAAGACCGCUGA